UGCGCAGGCGCGGCUUCCGGUUCCCAGCGGCGUGUUCCUUUCUCCGGGUUCCUGGUAUCCUAGUAAGAGAGGGACCCCAGCUUCUCUCCUUCUACUUUCUACCGCUUUUCGCCCUUUGCUUCCACACUUGCCCCGCAGCUCCAGCUCCCCAGGUCGCUGUUUCAGCCCGCUCGCUUCCACCCGCGACAGACCUAUGGCCGAGCGCGGGGAACUCGACUUAACCGGCGCCAAGCAGAACACGGGCGUGUGGCUGGUCAAGGUUCCUAAAUAUUUGUCACAGCAAUGGGCUAAAGCCCCUGGAAGAGGUGAAGUUGGGAAACUGCGGAUUGCCAAGAAUCAAGGAAGGACUGAGGUGUCAUUUACUUUGAAUGAGGAUCUUGCAAAUAUUCAUGAUAUUGGUGGAAAACCAGCUUCAGUCAGUGCUCCUAGAGAACAUCCAUUUGUCUUGCAAAGUGUUGGAGGACAGACCUUAACAGUAUUUACUGAGAGUUCAUCAGAUAAACUCUCACUGGAAGGAAUAGUGGUACAAAGAGCCGAAUGCCGACCUGCUGCCAGUGAAAACUACAUGAGAUUAAAGAGAUUGCAAAUAGAAGAAUCUUCCAAACCUGUAAGGCUAUCGCAACAACUGGAGAAAGUUGUAACAACAAAUUACAAGCCUGUUGCUAAUCAUCAAUAUAAUAUUGAAUAUGAAAGGAAAAAGAAAGAAGAUGGGAAGCGAGCUCGGGCUGAUAAACAACAUGUACUAGAUAUGCUGUUUUCAGCCUUUGAGAAACAUCAGUAUUAUAAUCUUAAGGACCUGGUGGACAUAACAAAACAACCUGUGGGAUAUCUAAAGGACAUCUUGAAAGAAAUUGGAAUUCAGAAUGUAAAAGGGAUCCACAAAAAUACGUGGGAGCUGAAGCCAGAGUACAGGCAUUAUCAAGGAGAAGAGAAGAGUGACUGAGAGGCCUUGUAGCCAGAAUGCUGAUGGAACAGCUGAGUGGUGAUGCUAACCAACAGCCCUGUUACCAGGAAGCUUGAGCAUCCUGUGUUAAAAGGAGUAAAAUGAUUGGUACUUUAGUUUCUUUUAGUAAAUUUUUUAAAUCUGUAAUUCUAUAAAAUUUCUUAAAGUGGUUUUUGAAAAAGGACAAAUUUAUUUAUAGACUUGUAUUAAACUGUAAAUUCAUGAUGGGGAUUUAGGGAUUAAGAGGGCUUUUCAUUUUAAAUGUUAACUUUUAAAAUGUUAAGAUUUGGAAAUGUUUGCUAAAUGAAGACUUUGUCCUUGCUGCCUAUCUGAGAAACUAAAGUAAAUCAGGUCCAAAGUGAAUGAUAUACAAGGAAUAAAGGUCAACUACAGAAAUCAUUAAAAGGAAUAAAUAACCAAAGCUGCUUUUUUCUGAA